AUGGAAGUCAUAGACAGCGAUGUGCUUUUGGAGUCGAGCAGCGCUGAUGGUCCACCGUCCCCAACCUACCGGAAUAGCGAGUACACAAUGGGCCAAGUACAUGCGUUUGCCGACCGAAUGUCCGACUCCGGCCCAGAAUUCGCGACCCAGCGCCAGACCGAGCUGAAGAUCAAAGCUUUGGAUUUAGGUGGCGACCUACCACUAGAACGAGUAAAAAACUACAAGGGUCGGAUCCGGACAUGGCGUGGCCUCCUUCUCUUCUGUGCCAUUGUUGGUGGCGCUGCCGCCCUCAUCACGCUGUCUUCCAUGAGCGAAAGCGACAGCGCUUCCACCCGACAAGUUCGCUUCGAGAACAAGGUGGAGGAGAAGCGCAGGAUCAACGACGGACUCACAGACGACGAGGUCAUCAUCUCGGACGACGGACAAGUGGGCAACCCCAAGUCGUACCCGGACAUGGGCUGCGAGCUGCCCGACUACCAGAGCAAGAACGGGCAGAUUUUCGCCGUGUCCAAGAACGGCACGGAGGUGCCCGUGGGUAUCAAGGGCGUCAACUGGUUCGGGAUGGAGACGGCAUUGGCCAUCCCCUUCGGACUCUGGGAGAACACAGACAACGGCACGUCGGUCUACGAGAUCGCGGCGUUCCUCGCUCGCAACAACUUCAACAGCGUGCGCCUGCCGGUCUGCAUCAAGAACAUCCUGAUUAACACGUCCCCGGAGAAGUCCCUCAUCAACGUCAACACGAACCGAGCGCUCAACAUCACGUCGUACGUGUCGGCCAUCCAGUCGAUCGUGGAGGCGCUCGGCUACCGCCGUAUCUCGGUCAUGAUCAGCCUGCACACGCUGGACCCCAAGAAGUCGGGCGGCGCCUGGUACAGCGAGGCGCUGAGCGUGUCCGAGGACGACUUCCUGGAGGCCGUCGACAUCUUGACUAAGAACCUCUGCAGCGCCAAGUACUGGAACGUCCUGGGCCUCGACCUCAAGAACGAGCCCCACGAGAGCUCCUGGGGUGGGGACGCCCCCGAUUGGCAGCAGGGAGCGACGCUGAUCGGUAACCGCAUGCUGGAGGGCUGCCCCAACUGGAUGGCGUUCGUGGAAGGCAUCGGCAGCUCGGGCACUGUCACGGUGGGGGGCAGGACGGCCAUAAUGCUGGGAGAGAACCCCGUCGCGCUCAUGACCAGCAACAAGAUGGCGUGGGCCCCGCACUACUACAACACGGGCGUGUACCCGGCCUGGUACCUCUACGCAGAAGUUGGUGAGACGACCGAUGGCGGGGCGUUCUCCAGCUACGUCGAGCUGGGCGACGACGACCUGCGCGCCAACAUUGAGGCGACUAUGAACGUCAUGUUCGGCUACUUGCUGGGUGUCGACACCAACUCCGCUAUGGUCAUGGGCGAGUUCGCCGGUCUGUACGCGAAGGACGCCGACCCCAUGAAGACGACCAAGCGCACGACCGACUUCACCAUCGAAUUUCCUUCACAUUCGUCAUCGCAGAGGGGUCACACAUACCCAGUGAUGCUCAAGGCCGGUUAUGCUGGAGGAUACAUGUGGUCGCUGAACCCCGAGAGCGCCUACCAGUACAACCCAGCUGAUGUCUACGGCACGUUUACAGAGGGUUUGCUGGAGGACGACUGGCUCACGCCGAACAAGGAGUUCCUGCGGGGCAUGGCCGCCUUGGACGUCAUCAAGGACCUGCAGAAGUUCCCGUGCUUCCCAGAGGAGAUUGAGUCGUCUUCCUCCUCAUAA